GCUUACGUUGGGGGGUGCCUCACAUUCGGGUUGGAUUAGGCAAGAAGAUCAAGAGAUCCCCGGGUGACUUUCCAGCUGCAAGUACCGGCUACAAUACCAAUUUUACUCAUGUUUCAAGAAGAGACGAUGCAAUAUAAUAAUGGCUAUGAGCAAGAUGUUUAUAUGUCGCAAGUAGAAGAAUGGGACCGAGACCUUUUGCUGGACCCAGCAUGGGAAAAGCAACAGAGAAAGACUUUUACUGCUUGGUGCAACUCUCACCUGAGAAAAGCUGGGACUCAAAUUGAGAACAUCGAGGAAGACUUCCGGAAUGGCCUGAAACUCAUGCUGCUGCUCGAGGUCAUCUCUGGUGAGCGGCUACCUAAGCCAGACAGAGGGAAAAUGCGCUUUCACAAAAUAGCCAAUGUCAACAAAGCUUUGGAGUACAUUACCAGUAAAGGAGUGAAAUUAGUCUCUAUUGGUGCAGAGGAAAUUGUGGAUGGAAAUCUGAAAAUGACUUUGGGAAUGAUCUGGACAAUCAUCCUUCGUUUUGCUAUCCAAGAUAUUUCAGUAGAAGAAACCUCUGCCAAGGAGGGCCUUCUCCUUUGGUGCCAGAGAAAGACGGCUCCUUACCGUAAUGUUAACGUUCAGAACUUUCAUUGCAGCUGGAAAGAUGGACUGGCAUUCUGUGCUUUGAUACAUAGACAUCGCCCCGAUCUCAUUGACUACGCAAAGUUAAACAAGGAUGAUCCUAUUGGGAACCUUAACUUGGCUCUUGAAGUGGCCGAGAAGCAUCUCGAUAUCCCCAAAAUGCUGGAUGCAGAAGAUAUUGUAAACACCCCAAAGCCAGAUGAGAGAGCCAUCAUGACCUAUGUCUCCUGCUUCUACCAUGCAUUUGCUGGAGCAGAGCAGGCAGAAACUGCAGCUAACAGGAUCUGCAAAGUGUUGGGGGUGAAUCAGGAGAAUGAGAAGCUGAUGGAGGACUAUGAGAGGCUGGCUAGUGAGCUGCUGGAGUGGAUUCGCCGUACUCAGCCUUGGCUUGAGAAUCGCGUCCCAGAAACGACGAUGAUGUCUAUGAGGAGGAAACUGGAGGACUUCCGUGAUUACAGGCGUAUGCAUAAACCACCCAAGGUCCAAGAGAAGUGUCAGCUAGAGAUCAGUUUCAACACUCUCCAGACCAAACUUCGCAUCAGCAACCGGCCAGCUUUCAUGCCAUCAGAGGGUAAGAUGGUAUCGGAUAUCACAGCGGCAUGGCAGUGCCUUGAGCAGGCAGAGAGGGGCUAUGAAGACUGGCUGCUCAACGAGAUCCGUCGUCUCGAGCGACUCGACCAUCUGGCAGAAAAAUUCAGACAGAAAGCUGCCACUCAUGAAAAAUGGGCUGAAGGUAAGGACCAGUUGCUGUUGCAGAGGGACUAUGAAAGUGCUACCCUGACUCAGCUGCGAGCUCUGCUGAGGAAACAUGAAGCCUUUGAGAGUGACCUGGCCGCCCAUCAGGACCGGGUAGAACAGAUCGCUGCCAUUGCACAGGAGCUCAAUGAGCUGGACUACCAUGACUCAGCUAUCAUAAAUGAACACUGCCAAAAGAUCUGUGACCAAUGGGAUCAGAUGGGGACACUUACCCAGAAGAGGCGAGAGGCCCUGGAGAGAACAGACAAGCUGCUGGAGACCAUCGACCAGUUGUUCCUUGAGUUUGCGAAGAGGUCAGCACCAUUUAACAACUGGCUGGAGGGAGCCAUUGAGGACCUGCAGGACAUGUUCAUGGUUCACAGUGUGGAUGAGAUUCAGAGUUUAAUCUCCGCGCAUGACCAGUUCAAGGCCACUUUGCCAGAGGCAGAUGGUGAGCGCCAGGCGAUAUUGGGCAUCUACAGCGAAGUGCAGAAGAUCACACAGAGUUACGGGAUCACAAUCAGCCUCUCCAACCCCUACACCAAUCUCACCCCAGCUGACUUGGGACUGAAAUGGGACAAGGUGAAGAAGUUGGUUCCUCAGCGAGACGGCUCCCUUCAAGAGGAACUGAACCGCCAGAACUCAAACGAGCGUCUGAGACGGCAGUUUGCUGCCCAGUCCAACAUCAUUGGACCCUGGAUACAGUGCAGGAUGGAGGAGGUUGCUGGCCAUUCUGCCGACCAAGGGGCUUCCCUUGAAGACCAGAUGGGUCAGCUCAAACAGUUCGAGGCAGUCAUCAUCAACUACAAACCCAAUAUCGACAAGCUCGAGGGAGAUCACCAGUCUAUCCAAGAGAAUCUCAUCUUUGACAACAAGUACACCAAUUACACAAUGGAGCAUGUCCGCGUAGGCUGGGAGGCCCUUCUCACUUCCAUUGCCAGGACCAUCAAUGAAGUGGAAACACAGAUCCUAACUCGGGACUCAAAGGGCAUAAGCCAGCAGCAGCUGAAUGACUACCGCCACUCAUUCACUCACUUUGACCGGAAGAAGAAGGGUGGUAUGGAGACCGAUGACUUCCGAGCCUGUCUGAUUUCCAUGGGUUAUGAUCUGGGAGAAACAGAGUUUGCACGCAUCAUGCAUCUCGUGGACCCUAAUGGCACAGGCCUGGUGACCUUCCAGUCUUUUGUGGAUUUCAUGACCCGGGAGACUGGGGAAACGGACACAGCAGAGCAAGUUAUGGCAUCCUUCAAAAUACUGGCUGCAGAUAAGCCGUACAUCCUUCUGGAGGAGCUGCGCCGAGAGCUUCCCCCGGAGCAGGCUGACUACUGCAUCGCACGCAUGCCGCUCUACAACGGGCCCGAUGGAGUGCCCGGGGCGUUGGACUACCUCGCUUUCUCCAGUGCCCUGUACGGGGAGAGCGAUCUGUAGUCAUCACAUGCUCACAUGCAGAGAUAAGAGCCUGAAACUGACCAGAAUGUCAGCUCAGAAUUGUUAUAGAAUAAACAGUUGUUUCAGCUUAUCUAUUCCAGUAGGCUAUUCCAGUAGGCACAGAUAUUCAACAGCUUGAAAACAAAUUGAACUAAUGAAGAAUAAAAAGAUGAGCAUGUUCUCAAUAAAGUUGCUUG